CUCCCGGCGGCCCGCGCUGCCCGCCCCUCCCCGCCCCUGCCGCAGAGUCGGGCGGGUCCCGCUCCCGGUGCAGGUGGCCGGGCCGCAGCGAACGCCCCGGAGUCCGGCCACGAUGUUGCGUUUGGCUGCUUUUGCAGCCAUGCUGCUGUUCUUCAGGGUCACUCUGGAACUGUCCUGGGCCCAGGCCAUCCCUGCUCUCUUCAUCUUCUACCUGGGAUCUGGAGGAUGGGACUUCUUCCUCAUAUUCCUCAAGACAAUCCAAAGGGAUGUCACCACGGGGCUGGUCCUGUUGCGGGUGAAGUGGCAGGUAUGGAGGCACGUGAGGGAGAAGAACACAGUCGCCAAGAUCUUCCAGAAGACUGUGAGGAAGUAUCCAGAGAAGACAGCACUGAUCUUCCAAGGCACAGGCGAGAGCUGGACCUUCCGUCAGCUGGAUGAGUACUCCAACCAGGUGGCCAAUUUCUUCUACGGCCAAGGCUUCCGUUCAGGUGAUGUGAUGGCACUUUUCAUGGAGUCCCGCAAUCAGUACGUGGGGCUGUGGCUCGGCCUGGCCAAGAUCGGGGUGGAGACAGCCCUUGUGAAUUCCCACCUGCGCAUGGAGGCCUUGCUGCACUGCAUCACCAUCUCCAACUCCAAAGCUGUGGUUUUUGGGGUGGAAAUGAUGGAAGCAAUGCAGGAAGUGCAGCCCUCCCUGGAUAAAUCCAUCCAUCUCUUCUGGUCUGGGGAAGGAAAUCCUAAAUCUGUGCUUCCUGGUGCAAAACACUUGGACCCCCUCCUGCAGAUGGCCCAGCGACAGCAGCCAGCCCCCCCUGAUAAGGGCUUUCUUGAUAAACUCUUCUACAUCUACACUUCUGGCACGACGGGGCUGCCCAAGGCUGCCAUUGUGGUGAACUGCCGGUACUUCCGCAUGUCCAGCUUAGUUUUUUAUGGUUUUCGGAUGAGGUCCGACGAUGUGAUGUACGACUGCCUCCCGCUCUACCACGCUGCAGGGAACAUCGUGGGGAUUGGGCAGUGCCUGCUGCAGGGCAUGACGAUUGUCAUCCGCAAGAAGUUCUCAGCCUCACACUUUUGGGAGGACUGUGUGAAAUACAACUGCACGAUUGUGCAGUACAUCGGGGAGAUCUGCCGCUACCUGCUGAACCAGCCGUACCAGGACGCGGAGCGGCAGCACCGGGUGCGCAUGGCCGUGGGCAAUGGGCUGCGGGCCUCCAUCUGGAGGGAGUUCAUGGCCCGCUUUGGCAUCACCCAGGUGGCCGAGUUCUAUGGGGCCACCGAGUGCAACUGCAGCCUGGGAAACUUUGACGGCAACGUUGGGUCAUGUGGCUUCAACAGCAGGAUCCUACCAGGUGUGUACCCCAUUGGUUUGGUGAAGGUGGAUGAAGACACUAUGGAGCUGAUCCGGGGCCCAGAUGGUGUCUGUAUCAGCUGCAAACCAGGGGAGCCGGGGCAGCUGGUGGGUCGCAUUGUCAAGAGCAAUCCCCUGCAGCACUUCGAUGGCUACCUGAAUCAGUCAGCCACCAGCAAGAAAAUUGCCAGGGACGUGUUUACAAAAGGGGAUGCUGCCUAUCUCACAGGGGAUGUCCUGGUAAUGGACAAAUAUGGCUACAUGUACUUCCGAGACCGCACUGGGGACACAUUCCGAUGGAAAGGGGAGAACGUCUCCACCACGGAGGUGGAGGGAACGCUGAGCCGUAUCCUCAACCUGACGGAUGUGGUAGUUUAUGGUGUGGAGGUCCCAGGGAUUGAAGGGAGGGCAGGAAUGGCAGCCAUCGCCGACCCGGAGAACUCCUGUGACCUAGAAGACUUUUCCAGCAAGCUGAAAAAGGCCCUGCCACUGUAUGCACGUCCUGUAUUCCUGCGGUUCCUGCACGAAGUCUCCAAGACAAGCACUUACAAGUUCCAGAAGAUGGAGCUGCGGAAGCAGGGCUUUGACCCCGCGCUGGUGAAGGACGGGUUGUAUUUUCUGGACUCCAGACAAGGCUGUUACCUGCCGCUGGACCAGGCAGCAUUUGGCAGGAUCCAGUCGGGAGAACAGAAGCUGUAACUGAUGUGGCUCAAGCAAGGCACCUCCCAAAUCCUGCUGGGGAGAGGGAGCAAGGCAGGCACUGGGGAAGGAAAGGUUCACAGAGUGAUAUAAAAGGCCCGCUAGAGAUUUUAUUUGACAAGUUUUACAGAUAAGGGUUUGAGGGGAACACAGAGGGGACUGAGGGGAGGGGGAUGGUCACAUACCAAAGCAUUGACUCAUUAUGGCUUUAUUUUCUACUUGGUAUAGUGGUGGUGGUCCCAUGCCAUGGGAGGGGCAGGGCCCAUGCCAGUUGAGGAGGGGUGGGGUGCCCCUGCCAUUCCACUUUCCUUUUCCUGUCUUUCCCUACCUUUUCCGGUCUGCAGCAACCCUUCCUUGUGAAGGCCAUGAAGAGGCCAGUGCUGGGCUCUUCUCCACUCCUCUACCAAGCAGCCAGCUCCUCCUUGGCACAGGGACCCCACUGGCAGAGGGAAGCUGGGUGCCAGGCACAACCCCUUCCCUCUGCAACCCCUUCCCUCUGCAUGGCCCUGCUGGUGUUGUGUGUCUGCUGUGAAUCAGGGGAGCAGGGUAGUGUUGGGCUCAGGAGGGCGACAGGGGUGUGUUUCUGCCAUGCCUUUCUCUCUCCUGAGGGUGACAUUUCUAUUUUUCACAAUCACACGCACAUUAUAUUAUAUUUUAUUUUAUAUAUGUGUAUAUAUAUAUGUAUGUGUGUAUGUAUAUAUAUAUAUAUAUAUAUAUAUAAAAUACACGCUGACUUUUUUUUUUCAAUCUUAAUUUAUUGUCUGUACUUUUGAAUGUGUCCCGGGUUUGUGCAGUAGGUGGAGGGAUAGCCCAGACCUGUCCUCUCUUGGAGAAUCCUUUUCUCUCACAGGGAGGUGGGAUGCUCAUCUGGGACUGAUUCUCCUCUUCCAGCGUGGAUGCAACCUGUAUAUGUCCUUGUGGCCUUGCUCCAUGGUGGAGGACAUGAACAAAUCCUGCUAUCUUGUGGGCACUUCUCUCAGUCUCUUACUUCCAUCUUUUGUGGAUGCAGCAUUGUUUUGUGGACCUUCUUCCUUGCAGAAAGCAAGUAGGAGAGUGGGAAGAAGGGCCAUGUUUGCCUUUGCUUAGAUGUACUCAGCACCACAUCUCAGCCUUUGCUUAGAUGUACUCAGGAGGCAUCUUGCCUGGAGAGAGAAUGUCCUCUGGAGGGUGGCUUCUGUGAGAGCCUGACUUCAAGUGCUCUGCAUCCCUUCCCAAAAGAGCCCUCCCUGUCUCCAGCGCCAGAGCAGGGCCCUGAACUGGAAUGUCCAUGUGAAACACCUGACUUACGCUAUGUGAAUUCCCCGUGUUGUGUCUGACGUGAAACAGCCUCAGCAGCGAUGUCCAAUUCCCGUCCUCAGAAAACAAGCAGAAAUGUCUCUUCCAGAGAAAACUCUGGGUUGGGCUUUCUUUUUCUUUUUUUUUUUUCCUUUUUUUUUUUUUUUUUUAAUAAUUUGUUUUUAUGCAUUUAGCAGGGUUACUCCUUAAAACAACAUCUGUGUUUUGUGAGGGCAGGGUGUGUCUGCUCUUCUAGCUGUGCUUCCACACCAACGUACCUGCCUGCCCCAGUCUGUCCCAGUCUCACAAUUAAACACGAGUAUGGGUCUAUGCUGGAGUUUCCUACCUUUUCCUUUUACAGUCCUGCUCUGUGAGGGAAGGUGGGGGGAACUGCGCUGGUUUGGGAGCUGCCACUCCAGAGCAUCACCUCCCUGUGUGCAUUUUGGCUCAUCUUAGAGCAGGGGGAACAAGCCCCUUGCUGCUGGGUUUAAUGACUGUGUGAACCCAACAUGUUGAUCAGACCCUCCCCAGUUCCCUCCACUAACUCCCCACACCCUGUUUUUCUUUGUCCUGUCCUCAGCAUUGCCAUCCCAAUUUGUUCUGGCUCAGUUCUCCCUUUUUACCAUGGGACAUGUGGCUCUUCCACCCCUCUCCUGUUCUCUCUUUCAUCUUCCUGCUGCUUCUCUCUGUGUUUGUCCAUGCUGAACUUCCCAGCUCAUUUCUGCACUUGCAGACAAGUUUUUUGGUAGCCAUUCCACUUCCCUUGCUGCCAGAACCAUCUUUUAGACUUUCUGCAUCCAACCCUGGUGACAGGAGAACCUGGUUCCUUCUUGGUAUGGGGGUGUCAGGGACAAAUGUCUUCUAUGAGCCUGAGUGAAAUGUGUUGCCUGGUGAAACAAACCGUAAGAAAAGUAUUGGAAAUUUGCAUCCAUUACAUAGCAGCUUCACCUUUGGACAUGUUCAAAUGGGUGUCUUCUCCAGCAUCUCUAAGCUAAAAGCUUUAAUUUUAGUUUUUCGGUCCCCUGGACACUCACAAGCCUCUGUCCCAAAGCAGCUGGUGGAAAACAGACAUCACCCCCACAGCCCUGCAGCAUCCGAGGGGCUCAGCCCUCGCACAGCAUGGCUUUGCUGGGGGGGGUCAUAUUUAGGGUCCCGGGAGCUGGUGCAGGGAGUGCAGCAGUGGUGCCUCUGCAGGUGUUCUGCUCCCACUUCUGGGCCCUGUUCCACUUGCAGCCACCAGCGGAGGGCAGGCUGGGCUCGGCAAAUGCCUCGCCUCGAGGGGACACACUGUAGGGGCUCCCGGGGCUUUUACAGCCCUCGCAGAGCCCUGGAAGUGUGGGAUGUUGGAGCAGGGGGGUUACCCACGCAGGGAGCCGCUCCGACCCUGCCUGAGGUGGAGAGGAAAUUUCAGAUACAGAUAAUGGUGCUGGGUGUGAGGCCAGCGGCAAUCCCAGGCACUGGUGUCCACUGUGCUCGGGCUCCUGGCUGGAGACUGCUCACGGAGACUUGGGCAGCAGCGAGGUCACCGAGCUGUGCCAGGAGGGUGGUGGGCAGCGACCUGAACCACCGACUCUCAUCCAGCCCUGCUAAAGGCAAUGAGGAAAAGCUUGGCCUCCCUGAAGUCAGACCGGGGGCUGGUCAUCUGGAGAUGGGUGGUUUGGAGUAGUAGAGGAGGAUACAGGUGGACUGUACUCCCUCCCUGGAGGAGAUGGCUGUGCUGAAGAAAGAGGGGUUGCAGGGCAAAGCUCAGCAUUGUGUUUCUGUCUGUCUGAGAGCAGGGUAGGUUAAAAAAGCCUGCCAAGGAACUAAUGCAUUCAGGGCACUGCCUGUUAAAUGCAGAUACAAAUAGCUUUGGAAGCUUAUGGAAGUAUGGCCGUUACUUGUUUGCAAGUGAGCCUGUAUGAAUGGAGACUGGCUUGCAUUGUUGGGUUUUGGAGAUGGACGGGAAUUACAGGCCUGUGAGAGGAGCAGGAUGUAGCCCUUGCUGGUGCCAACACAAGUCAGGAGCUGGGCCCUGGCUGGAGCAUAGCCAGGAGCUCACCCCAAGCCCUGUAUUCCUGGCUGGCUGUGAGGAGGGGGAGCUGCAGGGUGCAGGCAAGAGGAGCAGGAUGAGGCCUCCCCGAGGUGAGAGCUCCUGCUCUGGGGAGAUGGGAGGUGCUGAGUCACUGGAAAAGAGCUCAGCAAACAUCAUGGAGGGCACUGGUACACAGCCCCAUCCAUCGCUGAGACCUGCGGUGUCAUGCCGGAGGGCUGGGGCAUGCACAUGCCACAUACACCUCUGUGCCAGAGGAUUUCCCAGGGAGAGGGGAGCCCCAGGGAGGUGUGUUCAUAGCUCUGAAUUAUGCUCAAAGGAGCCCCCCUGCACGGUGGUGCUGGUGUUGGGGGGGUUCGUCCUGCUGGAGAUCUGGUGCCGGGACAAUUCACCGUUUGCACUGUUUAUCCUCGCUGAGGAGGGUUGUGUUGCACUUGGCAGUGCUUCCAGAUUCCCUGAAACAGCUACACCAAUUAGAGGUUUUCUGUUGACUGUCAGCUUUGGGUUGAAAUCCUGGGGCCUUUCUGAAGUCACAGCUCCUCUGGAAAAAUGAAGUUUAUGUGCAAGUGUCCCUGGAGCUCUUGGCCCAGAAAUACAAGUGCAGGUGUGGUGCUGAGCCUGGGAUCAAUGCUGAGACACAACACUUCCAGCAAAGAGGUAUUUGGAAUGAAGUAGCCAGUGUUUAAUCAUAGUUGAUUUUUUAAAAUAUCUUUUUAUUUGUGCAGUUUUAAGGAAGAGGCUAAUUGAAUCCUCUGUGAUUAGAGACACCUUGUGAGACAUCCCUCCCCUUUGAUCAAUGCACUAGUCUGGCUCAACAGCUGCAUGUAGAUAAAAGUCCUAUACAUAAAGUACGAGGUAUUAUUCUGUUUUAAUUAAAACACUUGAAAUUCUGUUUGCAUGAGGUUAAGAAAACAUUAAAAUCCUUUCCAGGGUUAUUAUCAAACUGCUAAUUUAAGCAAAGUCAAAGAGAUUUACAAACCAAAUGUACUCUUCCCCAUGGAGAUGACUGCUUCUCCCAGACCCUGUGUCCUGGACAGUGGCAAUGUAUCAAAACAAAAGAUGCAGCAACUUUCUUUCUGAUCAGCUCUAGAUCCAGCCCAGCUAGGCCAUGCUUGGUGUGCAAAACUGGAGUGUAUUUUAGCCAUAACGCAGGUGGGGGCUUUGCAAGCUGCUCAGGACCUUUCUGGGGGAAAUUAAUUUCUGCUGGUGAGAGUCUGUGACAAUCUUUAACAUUGCAUCUCCCCAGCCUCCUCCUGCCACUCUUGGUGUGCUGGAGCCUUCCCAAACAAUGACAGCCGCCUGCUCCUCCGCACGCUGGGGAGCUGGCUUUGCCUUUAAGCAGUGACAGGGAAAUAUUCUGGACUAAAGAAGAGACUAUCCUUUGGUGCACUCUUUAGAAAUGGAAAUACUUGAUUCCCUGAGUGGUUCCAGUGUAACCAGGAACAGGGCCAGGAGUGGCUUCUCCCUCUCCAGUUUGAAGGGACUGUGGGGCCAGGGAUUCCACCAAAAUGAUGGUCUGUGAAGAUCUCAUCAUGCUGGGUGAGAGGGAAGGGACAACAGCUUUCCUUCCCAAAGCAGAAAGGCUUCAGAGGGGAAGCGAAUGUCCUUAGGGCUGUUUGUUGCUGAGCUCCUGGACAACAUGGGAUGGCUGGACUGUGCGGCUGAGCAAGGCUCAGGGAGCAGGGAUGGGUCCUGCUCUGCUUUCUUUGAGUCUAGUCCAUUUCAGUGGCAAAUCCCACCCUCCAAAAUAACCUUGGGUUUGAUCUGCUUUUCUCCUAGUUCACUACCAAUUCCACCCACAGGCACAAACGAUGGCAGGCCAGGCUCUGGGAGAGCUUUGGGCAGUUGAGAUCAUGCAGUACAGGCUGGCAGCCCCAGGAAUUACAGGCGAUUGUGAUGCUGUCCAAGUCCAGGACAUAUUCCUGCUCAGGAUGGGGGUCAUUGCCUAGAUCUUCCCUGAUCCCUCGACAAAUGAUCCCAAGCUUGUAAAGUGGGAUAUGACCCCUACUGCGCCGCAUCCCCCUCCUCAUUACAGCCCUGCCUUCCUCUAGUCCCAUCCUUGCGGAUGCGGAGCAGCCUUCCCAGGGCCCCCAGCAUCCUUCCAGCCCGGGCAGGAGUUGUGGCCUGAUCCUGCCCUGGACGUGACACCUCCCACAACCUGCCCAGGGCCCGGCACAGCCCCGGCGCUGUGCCAAGAGGCCUGAGGAAGCGAGGGCAGCGAGAGCCUUCCUGCUGCCUCUGGCCAUCCAAGUGGCCUCCGGCUCGGCCGCAGGAAGAGGCUAACAGCGGCGGGCGAGCCACCCCCUCAGCUUUGAGUAUCACUUUCAGCUAUUCUGAAGGUUAAACGCCUGUUUAGAGCUCCCUAUUGAAGGUAGAGCCGGGGGUGCGGCAUUGUUCGGACGCCCUCCCGCUUUGUCUGGCCGCUUUCAGGAAUGCCCUGAAUGGGAAGCGGCCCCCCCAGCCCAGCACCCCGGCAGAAGGGCUCCCGGGGGAGAGGCGCUUCCUCCCGCCCUAAUGACAUUCAGGCCUCCAUCGGUUCAGCUCCCGCUUUCUUUCUGCUGCAGUUUAACCCGGGCACAGAGGCCGGGCUCCAUCUUACUGAUCUCUGCUUGACACCCAAUUACCACAUGAAUGGGAGAGAAAGGCUGCAAAAGGCUUUAACUCCCACUGACCCUCCUUCCCCUCUGCCUGCUUCCCUCUCUCCCCGUCCUACCCCCUCGCCUUUCUCCGGCGGAGGGAGUUCAAAACUGAGACGGGGAAAUCAAACAAAGCCCCGAGUAAGGAAACCCAUUGUCACCGCCUCCGCGAUGGCUCCCCUUUCGCCAGCUAUUGUUCCCUUGAAGUUUGACUUGCUGUGUGGAAGGAUGCGAGCAGCUGUUUGCGCAUUCCCCUGAUGUUUUAUUGAAAAUAAUUGAAUCGUCAGUCCGGGGCUCGCUGAUAAAAUGUUUCCUCGUAGCGCUAGGCCCUGCUGUAUUUAUAAACUACGUUUCCCCAUAGGAUGUGAUGGCGACCUAAAAGGUUUCCUCCAGAAUAAAACCCUCAGUGGAAGGAUGGAGGCAUGUUCCCUCUGCUCUCAAGGAGAGAGAGAAAGCGUGCAAAUGGCAGGGAAAAACACAGAAGACAGGAGUGAGACAAAAGAAAUUAACCCCUCCUCAUUGCCAGGCUCAAUUUCCAACCUGUUCCCUUUGCCUGGUGCAGUUGGCUUUGUGGGAGAGAACGGCAGGAGCAGACAGAGCCCCUGGUCAGCGGCCUCCUGCCCCAGUAACCCGAGUGAGCACCACAGCUACCUGGCUUUUAUGUACCUGUUUAUCAAACACCGUCCAUGUUACAGCACUCUAACAAUGGCAGCAUUACAUUUUCUCGAGGAGAUUGUGUGCUUAGUUUCCCCAUCCCAAACAUAAUGCCAGAGAAUUUGUGGUGCUCUGAUUUCGGCGCGCAGCACGGAGACAGGACUCAUUCCUCUCUCAGGCACACGAUGUCCAUAAAAACGUCCCCCGUAUCUCAUAUGGUCACUUUUUGUCCAGGACAAUUGUUAACAGUAACCAGCUUUGAAUGCUUGAAUGAGCCAAAUUGGUAUUUCUGAUUACUGUUCCCUUUCUUGUAAUUUAUUUUUGCUUUUCCAGGGAGGUACUAACACUAAAUCUGUAACAUUUUGUUGUGUAAGUCAGGAAUCAAGAUUCUUUUAGGAGCUGGUUCUGCUUUUAUUUGGCCUCAUAAAUGAUUUCUGGAAGCAAGAAGAAUAGCUCAUAUAAAACCAUAACUGCAAACACUGAUCUGUAAUCAAGAUUACCAGAUCCUCUGAACACAGAAUGCUUCACUCAUUUCUGAAGUAAAGAUUUUUGUUGAA